UUCAAAUCCGAUUCAUUGGGGAUUUAAGUAUUGUGAGAGUUUGACAUUUCUAUCGCCUUCGAGUAGAGCAGUAAAUAGAAAAAGAUGUAAAUAGCUGCUCGCGGUUAGCUGGUACCGAGCGGAAUAAGGAGGUGUAACAAUCGCUAACGCCAGAUCUUGAAUGAAUAGUGAAGACUGUAAAACACAGCUAUGCAGACCAUCAAGUGUGUUGUAGUUGGGGACGGUGCUGUAGGUAAAACCUGCCUGCUCAUCUCUUACACCACAAACAAGUUUCCCUCUGAAUAUGUACCUACGGUGUUUGAUAAUUAUGCUGUAACUGUAAUGAUUGGAGGAGAGCCCUACACUCUGGGCUUGUUUGAUACAGCAGGUCAGGAAGACUACGAUAGGUUAAGACCUUUGAGUUAUCCCCAGACAGAUGUCUUCCUCGUCUGUUUCUCCGUCGUGUCCCCCUCCUCCUUUGAAAACGUCAAAGAAAAGUGGGUUCCAGAGAUCACCCACCACUGUCCAAAGACCCCCUUCCUGCUAGUUGGGACUCAGAUUGACUUGCGAGAUGACCCAUCCACUAUAGAGAAGCUGGCCAAGAACAAGCAAAAGCCCAUCACUCCGGAGACAGCCGAGAAGCUGGCAAGAGACCUCAAGGCUGUGAAAUAUGUGGAGUGCUCAGCCCUCACGCAGCGAGGGCUGAAGAAUGUAUUUGACGAAGCUAUCCUAGCUGCCCUAGAGCCGCCUGAGACGCAGAGAAAGAGGAAAUGCUGUAUAUUUUGAACACUCUGUGCCGCUGCUCUCAUCUCUUCCUCCUCUGAUUGACAUUAUCCUCUUCAUUUUUCAUUUCUCUACCCCAUCUCUGUCCUUUCCUCUCCUUCCUUCUCUCCAUGUAUUUACAUGUGCUGCUUUUGAAAUCUAGACCAAUCCCAGCCAUCUGACUAACCAGUCCAUCAGUCAGAGUGCAUUGUAACUAAUCUUUGUUUCAUGGCCUGAUUCACUGACUCAUGUUGGCCUUUCUACACUUCAUUGACUUUACUUGUUGCCUUUUCUAACCUGUAACUGCUGACAGUCUGUUUGGUUGGUGUGUUAAUGUACUUCAUAUCUUUCCUCUGGAGUGUUUUAUGAAAGCUUAAUUUUGCAUCAUAAAUCCUGCACUUCACUACUGUAUCAUUCCUAGUUUUUCUUCGUUGGCCCAGUGCUUAUUGACGUGACCUAGGGCUGGGCGAUACGGACUAAAGAUCAUACCUCGGUAGUUUUAGGCUGAACGCCGAUCCACAACACACAUCUCUGUGUUUCCUACAAAGUGGGCUAACUGUUCAGUUGUAAGUCAAAGUCAUGUGUAACAUGUAACAAGCACUUUCAUUACAACAGACUGAUCAAAAUAAAAUGCAAAGACAGGGUUUCCCUCUUUAUUUCGGUCGAUACCUUAAAUGUAUGGAGUAUAGAUACCUAGCCCAAAGGAUGAGUGUAAAGGUGUCAAGUGAAUCCAGCAUAGUUUGAGACUGUUCAGAUUCUGUUAGAGGGAGUUUUAAGUCAUUUUACAUGACCUUUCAAAUUAAUAUAGUACUUAAAAAUGCCGACAUUGUUUCAAAUUUCUUCAUUUGUUAUUAUUUAUACACGUAGCAUGGACAGAGAGAAACUUUGUGUUACGUCUGUAUGAAGUGUCUGUUUUGUCACUGCGCUGCAUUUUUAUAAACACAUCUGUGACCCGCAUCCAGAUGUCAUCUCUGUCUGACCACUGCUUGACAGACAACAGCUACCAAAUAGAAUAGCUAUUGAGUCACCUCACUCACACACACGCCAGGUUUGCGUGAAGAGAGUGGGGGCAGGGUUGCGUGGUGUGUUAGAGAGGAGAGAUGCAAACACUGGUACGACCUUAUGAAGAAACUGGUUGUGUAACGCAGCAUCAAACUAUAUCAACAUAAAUGCUACUGUCUUGUCUUAUAUUUUGUUUUAUAAUAUAUCUAUAUCUUAAUAAGUCGAAUUACCGCCCAGCCCUAAUGUGGCCCCUGGCCAACAGUGGAGCGACAUCUUACAGAGGAUGUAGGAUGUCAUUUGGGAUGCAGCCAUUGUUUUAGUUAGUCUUCCCCCCCCUCUAUCCUGUAGUAGUAGUUAAUGUGGGGAGGGUUUGGACUGAAGUGAGGGCGGAGGCUUCACAUGGCUCCACACUGAGAUUGAUCUCAACACUAAACAGAGCUUCCAUUUCUAAUGCUAAUGUAUUUUUUGUACUAAUGUACUACUGAUGUUUGAUUAAACAGACCUUGGAGUCUGACUAUGGUUACAUGUAGGGCUUUUAAUUACUCAUGUCAUGUAUAGAGAGUUUUGGGCCAGUUUGUCAGUGUGACCAUGCUGAUAAAAAGCCCCAUGAUGGUUCUGCCCCAUGGUCAGACAGUACUGUCAUGGUCUCAUGAUGGUUUAUAGUGAAGCUACACUUGAUGUGUCAUGGUUGUAAUCUUCUAAAAAUGCUUCCUUGCUUACGUGUUUGGCCCAAUUUUCUCUAUAUAUGAGACAUGUGCCACAGAUAAUUAAAAAGCUAUAAUUGUGUGAAAUGACCUGUGAAAUGAAAUAAUAAAGGACAAA